AUGUGCAAGCUGCCGCCUGCCCAGGACAACAUGUAUCUCAACAGCUCGGAGAACCUGACAGCAUCCGACUCCCCGUCCAGCCUUAGGGCGAGGGAUGAGCUGAUGCUCACCUCGGCUUUCGGCACCGUGCUCUCCUUUAUGUGUGUGACCGGGGUGGCGGGCAAUGUCUACACGCUGGUACUGAUGUGCCAGUCCAUGCGCUCGGCCGCCUCCAUGUACAUCUACAUCGUGAGCCUGGCGCUGGCGGACCUGCUCUACCUCUCCACCAUCCCCUUCAUCGUCUGCACCUACUUCGCCAAGAGCUGGUACUUCGGGGACCUGGGUUGCCGGCUGCUGCUCAGCCUUGACCUGCUCACCAUGCACGCCAGCAUCUUCACCCUGACCGUGAUGUGCACCGAGCGCUACCUAGCCGUGGUCAACCCCCUGGCCAUGGUCAAGCGCUCCAAAGGUUACAGGAAAGCGAUGGCCGGGGCGGUGUGGUUGCUCAGCUUGUCCCUAACGCUGCCCGUGACCAGCAUGGUCAACCUGCAGGAGACCCGGAAGGAGAACGGCAGCGUCCGCAGAAUGUGCGCCCCAACCUGGACUGGCCAGACCUACACCAUUUACCUGACGGUGCUGUUCAACACCAGCAUCGUAGCGCCCGGGGUGAUCAUCGGCUUCCUGUACACCCAGUUAGCACGGACCUACCUGCAGUCCGAGAAGAACACUCUGUCCAAGAGAGGCAACAGCAGGUCAUCCAAGCAGCGAGUGGUCCUCAUGAUAUUCGGCAUCGUGGUAGUUUUCUGGGCGUGCUUCCUACCUUUCUGGGUUUGGCAGCUCAUCCGCCUCUAUUGCAAAUCCCUAAAGCUGACUCGGCGGACAGUAACUUGUAUCAACUACCUGAUGACCUGCCUGACCUACAGCAACAGCUGUAUUAACCCUUUCCUGUACACGCUGCUCACCAAGAACUACAAGGAGUACCUGAAAAGUAGGCAGAGGCACUUUCAAAGAUCAGCAUCCGCAUCCUUUAAAAGGAACGCCAGCCUGCGACCAUCCCUAAAAUCCAUCUCCUCCUGUAACCAGUACAGCAACUCCUCCGAAUCAAUAGCCAUGGUUCAUUUGAAAGAGUCGAAAUGA